AUGGAGGAAUGGACGCAGGACUCCCUGCGGGCUCGUUUUUGCAAGGCUCUCUCAGAGAUGUAUAAGACCGAGGUCCCUCUGUACGGGGAUCUUAUGGACAUUGUCUGGGAAGCGGACGCAGCCGCUGUCCGAGCCAGCCAGGAAGUAGAGGGGGGAGUGGCCAUCGACCCGGACGACGUUCUUCCCGCACGGCAUCGGGUCGAGAGACACGGCGCCAUCCGGUUGGGGACUGCCCAUGAGCUCGCAACUAUCCGUCGCAUGUUCGCUGUCAUGGGCAUGUUCCCCGUUGGGUAUUACGACCUGACUCUCGCCGGGUUUCCCAUGCAUGCAACCGCAUUUAGACCGAAGGACCGAGAAGCGCUAGCAGCGCACCCAUUCCGAGUCUUCACGACCGUGUUGAGAAUGGAGUUGUUGACCGAAAAGACCCGUGCUCUAGCGCAGCAGGCUUUACAGCAACGAAACAUCUUCACCGACCGACUCAUUGAGCUGAUCGACCGUGCAGAGACCGCCGGAACCCUGACCCCGCAAGAAUACGCCGAGUUCAUCAACGAAGGCCUUGAAACCUUCCGGUGGCACUCGAAAGCCACUGUCAGUCUCGAAGAGUAUCAGAUGCUCAAGGCAGAGCAUCCGCUCAUCGCCGAUAUUGUCUCAUUCCCCAACUCCCACAUCAACCACCUCACGCCGCGGACCAUUGACAUCGAUCUGGUACAACAACUGAUGCUCGACCGGAACAUGCCUGCAAAAGAACGCAUCGAGGGCCCCCCUCGGCGCAAGUGUCCGAUCCUGCUCCGUCAGACCAGCUUCAAAGCUCUCGAAGAGACUGUAUACUUUCGAGACGGAUCGUCGGAUAUCUUCAUCAAGGGCUCGCACACCGCUCGUUUCGGCGAGGUCGAGCAGCGUGGGUAUGCUCUGACCCGCAAAGGCCGGCAUCUGUAUGACCAGAUCCUCUCCAAGGUCAACUCCAAAGCUUUACAGCACCAAGGCAAAGCUUCGCUGACCCAAGGCCCGGCCGAAGUAUACGAAACCAUCCUAACCGAGCAAUUCCACGACUUCCCGGAUGAGCUGGCAGAACUCCGGCAAGAACAACUUGCGUAUUUCUGCUACCGUCUCACCGACAAAGCAGAGAGCUGGGCCAUGUCCCCCUCCAAAACGGCUCUUGUGUCUAGCCUCUUGCGUCAGGGUGUCCUCGAAUACGAGCCCAUCACGUACGAGGACUUCCUCCCCCUCUCCGCCGGAGGCAUCUUCAACUCGAAUCUCGGAAACACGUCCACCUCGAAACGGCUGAUCAUGGACGCCGAUCCGGACCUGGAUGGAUUCCAGCGGCUGCUGGGCACCGCAGUGACGGACGAAUUUUGGCUGUACGAGACGAUGCAGACCGAGAGUCUGGAAACCUGUAAGAAGAAGCUUGGCCUCGAUGAGCUCAUUCUGUAG